AUGGAAAUCUAUCUAUCUAUUCCGGACUGUUCUAUCUAUCUAUCUAUCUAUCUAUCUAUCUAUCUAUGUUCCGUAUCUAUCUAUCUAUCUAUCUAUCUAUCUAUCUAUCUAUCUAUCUAUCUAUCUAUCUAUCUAUCUAUCUAUCUAUCUAUCUAUCUAUCUAUAUAUCUAUUAUCUUAUCUAUCCCUCCAUCUAUCUAUCUAUCUAUCUAUCUAUCUAUCUAUCUAUCUAUCUAUCGCAUUGUCUUCUAUAUCUCUCUCUCUCUCUCUCACUAUCACUCUCUCUCUUUCUGGGUCUUUCUUGUUUUCAUCCAUUUUGUCUUUUUUAUUCUUUUCCUUUGUCCUUUCUUUCUUUUAUUCUUUUUUCUCACUUUCUUUGUCCCUUCUUUCCUUCAUUCUUUUUUCUUCUCUUUCUUUGUCCUUUCUUUCAUUCAUUCUUUUUUCUUCUCUUUCUUUGUCCUUUCUUUCAUUCAUUCUUUUUUCUCACAUUCUUUGUCCUUCUUUCAUUCAUUUUAUUCUUUUUUUCUUCCUUUCUUUCUUUCAUUUUUUUUCUUUCUUUUUUUUUCUUUCUUCUUUUUCCUUUUCUUUCUUUUCAUUUCUUUUUUCUUUUUCUUCUCUUUCUUUGUCCUUUCUUUUCCUUCAUUCUUUUUCAUUCUUUCUUUCUCUUUCUUCUUUUUCCUUUCUUUUCUUUCUUUCUUUAUUUUUUCUUCUAUUUCUUUGUCCCUUCUUUCCUUCAUUCUUUUUUCUUCUCUUUCUUUGUCCUUUCUUUCAUUCAUUCUUUUUUCUCACUUUUUUUAUCCCUUUUUUCCUUCAUUCUUUUUUCUUCUCUUUCUUUGUCCUUUCUUUCUUUCAUUCUUUUUUCUUCUCUUUCUUUGUCCUUUCUUUCUUUCAUUCUUUUUUCUCUCUUUCUUUGUCCUUUUUUCUUUCAUUCUUUUUCUCACUUUCUUUGUCCCUUCUUUCCUUCAUUAUUUUUUCUUCUCUUUCUUUGUCCUUUCUUUCUUUCAUCCUUUUUUCUUCUCUUUCUUUGUCUUUUCUUUCUUUCAUUCUUUUUUCUUCUCUUUCUUUAAUUCUUUUUUCUUCUCUUUCUUUGUCCUUUUUAUCUUUCAUACUUUUUCUUCUCUUUCUUUGUCCUUCCUUUCUUUCAUUCUUUUUUCUUCUCUUUCUUUGUCCUUUCUUUCCUUCAUUCUUUUUUCUCACUUUCUUUAUCAUAUCUUUCUUCCAUUCUUUUUUCUUCUCUUUCUUUGUCCUUUCUUUCUUUCAUUCUUUUUUCUUCUCUUUCUUCGUCCUUUCUUUCUUUCAUUCUUUUUUCUUCUCUUUCUUUAUCAUUUCUUUCCUUCAUUCUUUUUUCUUCUCUUUCUUUGUCCUUUCUUUCCUUCAUUCUUUUUUCUUCUCUUUCUUUAUCAUAUCUUUCUUCCAUUCUUUUUUCUCACUAUUUUAUCCCUUUUUUUCCUUCAUUCUUUUUUCUUCUCCUUCUUUGUCCUUUUUUUCUUUCAUUUUUUUUUCUCAUUUUUUAUCCUUUUUUUUCCUUCAUUCUUUUUCUCUCUCUUUCUUUGUCCUUUUUUUCUUUAAUUCUUUUUUUCUUUCUUUCCUUCUUUCUUCCUUUCUUUUUUUAAUUCUUUUUCCUUUUUUCUCUCUUUGUUUUUUUUUUUUCUUUUGUCCUUUUUUUCUUUUUUCUUUUUCUCUUUCUUUGUCCUUUUUUUCAUUCUUUUUCUCACUUUGUUUGUCCCUUAUUUCCUUCAUUCUUUUUUUCUUUUCUUUCUUUGUUCUUCUUUUUCCUUUUCAUUCUUUUUUUUCUCUUUCUUUUUUUUUUUUUUCUUUCAUUCUUUUUUUUUUUCUUCUUUUCUUUUCUUUUCUUUCUUUUCAUUCUUUUUUUCUCUUUUUCUUUGUCCCUUCUUUCCUUCUUUUUUUUUUUUUCUUUUCUUCUCUUUCUUUCUCCUUUUUUUCUUUCAUUCUUUUUUUUUUGUCUUUCAUUUUUUUCUUUUCUUUCUUUAAUUCUUUUUCGUCCAUUCUUUGUCCUUUUUUCUUUUCUUUUCUUUCUUCUUUUCCUUCAUUCUUUUUCUUCUUUCUUUCUCCUUUCUUUCUUUCAUUCUUUUUUCUUGUCUUUCUUUGUUCUUUCUUUCAUUCUUUUUCGUCCAUUACUUUGUCCUUUCUUUCUUUCCUUCUUUUCUCUCACUUUCUUUGUCGCUUUUUUACUUCAUUCUUUUUUCUUCUCUUUCUUUGUCCUUUCUUUCUUUCAUUCUUUUUUCUUCUCUUUCUUUGUCCUUUCUUUCUUUCAUUCUUUUUUCUCACUUUUUUGUCCUUUUUCUUUCUCCUUGACUUUUGGUCGUUUUUCUUGUCUCUCCUUUUCUUUUCUUUCCUUCUCUCUUUUUCCUUUUUGUUUUGUUCUUUUCGACUUUUGACUUUUUCUCUUCUCUUCUUUUCUUUCUUUUCACUUAUUUUCUUGUAUUUCGUUGUCUUUUCUUUUCGACAUUUUGUCUUUUUAUCUUUUUCCUUUCUUUCCUUCAUUCUUUUUCCUUGUAUCUCUUUGUCCUUUCUUCUCGACUUUUUGUCUGUAUUUCCUUUCUUUUCUAUUCUUUCUUCUCUUUCUUUUUCCUUUCUCCUCCUCUUUUUGUCUUUUUUCUCGUCGCUCUUUUUCUUUCUUUCCUUUUCUUUUUUCUUUUCUCUCUUUUUCUUUCUUUCCUUCUCUUUUUUUCUUUUCUCUCUUUUUUAA